AUGGGGAUGAAAAAAUUCGCUUGUUUCUUCUAUGGUAGUCUCAUGUUUCCGAAAGUUCUUUUGAGAGUACUCGAAGGGGGACGCCAAAAGGAUGACGGUCCGAUAGUUGUCGAGGAAGGAAUACCGGCAACAUUGAAGGGAUAUAAACGUCUCAGGGUAUUGGGUGCCUCUUAUCCGGCUCUCAUUAAAGACAAUGAUUCUGAGACACAGGGAAUCCUAAUCAAAGGCUUAACGUCCGGAAAUGUAUCAACCCUGGAUCAUUACGAGGGCGACCAAUACACGAGGAUAAAUGUCGAAGUCUUUCCAAACAAUUCAAGAGACAGGGGGCAAUCCGAAGAUCUGAUAUCGGCUCAAACUUAUUUGUGGAUAAGUUCAUCUGACUUCUUGGAAGAUCAAGAUUGGGACAAAGAAGAAUUCGAGAAACAACUCGAGAAUUAUCUUAGGGAAGAAGGUCUUAAGGAUUAG